AGAAGCUGGAAUAAUAAUGGCUCCUAUUCUCCUCUCCAUUUGAUCCCAAUUUCGAGGCUGCGCGUACGCCGCUCCUCUCUGCAUCCCUGUGGCAGACAGCCUGGGUCCUUGGACGUCAUAUGAUAAGGCUGGAGGAGAGCCAGCAGGGCCCCCGUUUGGAGAGGAGGACUCAUAUCUCCGUCAACGCGCGGCAGCCAGGGCCCCCUUUAUCUCCACAAGGCAGGGGGAGGCGUAUCCUUUUCCCCUCUCUCUCUCUCGUUCUCCUCUCCCACUCCCCUCCACAUACCAGUCUCUCUCUCACACACACUAACUAGACUACAACCUGCUUCAGACGACGCCCCGGCGCCCAGGAGAUCUCCAACCGAGGGGUGGGGGGGGCGGUGGGCAGAGCCAAGUGCGUCGUGCGUCCUUGUCGCUCGGGAGGGGAAAAUAAAAACAUCGCUCUCUCAGUAUUAUUAUUAUUAAUAUUGUCAGGCUGCGCGCUCGGGCUGCCCACGGCAUCACCUCGGCAGUAACAGGAGGGGUGCCAGCCAAAGGAGGAGGAGGAGGAGGAGGUGGUGGAGGAGGAGGAGAAGGAGGAGAGGAAGGGAGGCGUUAGAGUAUCCCGAAUUUGACGCUCAGAGAUAAACAAGGAGACACCCUGUUCGGAAGACGUCUGUCUGUGGCGGGAAGCGACAGGGAUCUGCAACUGAGAUGGCUGAGGUGUCACAAGAGGAGAGACUCCAGGCCAUCGCUGAGAAGAGGAAGAGGCAGACAGAGAUUGAAAACAAGAGGAGGCAGCUGGAUGAUGACCGACGGCAACUCCAGCAUCUCAAGUCGAAGGCACUGAGGGAGCGCUGGUUGUUAGACGGCGCUCCGGCGGAGGAGGAGACUCAGAAGCGUCUGCAGGAGGAUGAGAUCAAGACCAAACUCCUGGAGCAGGUCAUCCUCAGGCUGGAGCAAGAGAUAGAGGAGCUGGAGACAGACGCUCCAGCCAAAAAGGGUGUGGCCAAAGAAAAUGGAGGUGAGAAUGGAGUAGUGCAGUCCUCCGGUCAGACCCCCAAGAGAGAGGUGACAGGGAUUGAAGCCAAGCUGCUGGGUCCCAGCCCCGACCAGGCCAGCGCGGACAACCCCGUUACCCUGGUGUUCAUGGGCUACAAGACCGUGGAGGAGGAGCAGGAGAGCCGCACGGCCCUGGGGAUGGAAGGGGUGGAUGGCAACGUGAAGGCCGAGUUCGUCGUCAUCGAGGACGGGGAGGGGAAGGCGGGAGGAGAGGCGGCCACAGCGGAGCAGGCUCCACCCAACGGGAGCAUGGCGGAGAAAGAGAAGGCCAACGGAGGUGGAGAGGAAGGGGAGAAGGAGAAGGAGAAGAAACAGACCUGCAAAUGCUGCACGGUCAUGUGAGCUGUGUGUGUGUGUGUGUGUGUGUGUGUGUGUGCAUGUGUGUGUGUGUAUGAGUGUGUGGGUGAGUGCACACCUGAUCCUGUGCAGGCAUGGCAUGUGUGCCAUUGCAUGUGUCUGUAUAUGCAGAUGUGUGUAACUUCAUGUCUAUGUGUGUGUGUGUGUGUGUGUGCGAGUGUGUGUGUGUGCCUGUGUGUGUGUGCGAAUGUGUGUCAGGACUGGAAAAAAAACAAAAAAUCAAAGUACAGUUCCACAGCCAAUAUACCAACAAUGAGAGCCAAAACACGCUCCAGCUACAACAACAAGAACCACAGACUCAUAAGUACACUUUACUCCGUAUACUUUCUCUGAUAUGUAUUUGACUUUUGAUUUCUAUUGAUAUUUUUCUAUUUUUCUGUCUUGACAUUUAUAUUGUAUUCAGUAUGUAUAUCUUUAUUAUGGGACUGUGUACUGUAAGUUCAUCGUUAUUAUUGUUGGGGAGAAAAGAAAAAAAACAAGAAAAAUGUAUUAGCUCGCUGGAUUGUACUGCUACCCACCUGGGGGGAAAAAUCUGGAAAAACUUUAAAUCAUUUAAGUCAAAAACAGCAAAACUAUGAAGGACACAGACACUUAAAUAUAUAUAUAUAUAUUUCUCUGUGUAGGCCUACCAACUAUUUAUCGGUCAAUUUCAUAUUGCAAUAUUGUCUAAGAUAUUAUUUUAAAUAGUAUUUUAAUAUAUUGAUAUGAAAUUAUGUUUUAUACAAUGUAUUUAUUGUUUUCUGGUUUCUCUAUAUCAUCUCCAACCAUUAACUGCAUGUAAAAGCUUGUAAGCACUACCAGAUUUUGCGUUACAAUCAUAACAAGUGUCUGUGCUUUUUCUUAGACUCACACACGCUCAUAUCUUUAGUCAUAAGGAGCCUUUCUAUCGGUGACGGCUCAUAUAACUGGCAGUGUUAGAAAUUAAGUUUAAAAUAUGCAGCACGAUGACAAAGAGGCUAAUUAGAGUCACGCCGCAAAACCACGUUAGCUCCUCAUAGAUAGUAUAUGUGACACACGUACAUGGAGAUCACAGCUUUCUUUUUAGUUUUGAAAUAAGAUGGACGCACUCACUUCCACGAUCUAUAGAGUCACGACGAAAAACAUUGCGCAACUAUUAGAAAAUGCUUGAAUAAUUCUGUUCUCUCAACAGUAGAGUCAAUGUAAAUCUGUAUGAGGUAGCACUGCAUGAAGCCUUGCAACUGUUUUUGACUGUCUUGUCACUUGUUCGGUCUUUAUUAAAACGCUAUCACGCUCACAUGAAUGUAAAACCCAGGGGUUAAAUUGGGAUUCGUUUCUGCGGCGUAAUGAGAAGAGGCCGGCUCGCUCAGCCCACCGUAAAAAGAAAAUAAUAAAAAAAAAAAAAUGAAGCUUUCUUUGUCUCUUUAUGAACCAAAUAAAAUCUGAUGAUACUGUAAUUUCACUGUGUGUUGGUCGGCUGCUGGUUUCUGUCCUGCUCGCUCCCAGUUUAACCCCUGACCUUUUUGUCCGUAGACCUGGGCCCAAUAGUUUUUAACUAGAUUUACAGAAAAGGGGGGACUUUUGAGUAGUCUAAAGACCUUAAAUCUCUUUAGCCUUAGAACACAAUAUGCAGAAUUUGGUAUUGCCUGGAUACCCAAGCUUUUUAGUCACUGUAUAGGCUAUAUUCUAUAAGAAGAAAACAGUCUAACCAUUUUAAGCUGUGCACGCUGCUAGCCAGACAAAUUGUGCAUGUACGCUAUGGCGAUUCAAAGCUCUUACAGGAUAAGUUCACCCAAAACAUGAAAAUUCAGUUAUCAUCUACUCAUGCCGGUGGUAAAUUUCCGUAGUCCACAAAACAUUUCUGGAGCUAGGGCACCAUUCUCCUAAACAACUGAAGUAUAUAAAGAGUUGUUUUAAAAUGUAAAAAAAAACAAAAAAAAAACAACCAAAUAAAAUGGAAUUGCUCCAUACAGCUAAAUCAAGUCUGGGGAAGCCACAGCAUCCCAAAUUGAUUUGGAAAUAAGUUAUUUUAACGCUUAAGCCAAAACUUUCACUGUAGCCACUAAGCUAAAAGAGUUAGCACCCUGUCUGAAGCGGGUGCACAAGCUCAUCUGUACUGAAGAGUACAAACACACCUCUUGAAUUCAAUUUGGGAUUUUGGGGGCUUUCCAAGACUUAGAUUGCACCGAUUCUUUUGGUUGUUUUUGUGACGUUAUAAAUCAAGUCCCCAUGUACUUCAGUUGUUUAGGAGAAAUCUGUUUUGCUGUCGAGCUCCAGAAAUGUUUUUUGGACUACGAAACUUCACCCCGACAUUCCAUCAGCAAGACGGCGAGAAUAAUGAGUUUUAAUUUGAGUGAACUUAUCCUUUAAAGGGAAUACAGUAGAGGCCAUUGGACAGCUGGGUGAGUGAUUCCAUGCCACCACUUGUUCCGCUCUCCCCCCCCAGGUUCAUCCAUGUCUCUCAUUCACACACUCACCGUCACCAUUAUCUCGUCUUCUCCACCGUUUCAUCCUCAAAACGCACACAGCCCCACCUUUCUAUGCUCGGAGACACGCAGUUCAAAAAAACCUCUAAAGUUGGUGCUAACCCUGAGUCUCAUCCAACACUCUCCAUCCACCAACUAUUUCUUUUUUGUUCUCCAUCUCGUUCCCCGCCGUCUUACUCAAAUUGCCGGUGAGAGGGAUUGUGGGAAUCUACUGCCUCCUGCAUACACUUGUCGAAUAAGAGAGUCUUUUUUUGCAACCUUCAGUGCCAGAUGCAUUCUCUCUCGAGUCCUGCCUACAUUUACCACCAGAGAAAUGAUCCCUUCUAACAUUCCAAAGGGAGGUCGACAGGCGUGGGCAGAUGAAAUAUAGUCUAUGCUCGCCAUACAAACAGUUCAACUGUAAUUGUACUGCCUGCAUCCUUGUUUCUGGAAUUGACUCUCAUGUUUUUUGUUUUUUUCUUUCCUAUGGCCUAUUUGCAAGGCGGUAUAUUGUAUUUGAUGUGUGUAUUUUUAAAAAAACAAAAGAUGACUACAUCUGUGUAUUGUCGGUGCCUUUGUCAGGUUCAGUUGGUUGGACUUGUCUGUCUGCUGCCAUUUUUAGACCGGGGUUUCUUACUUACUGCUCCUGGUCACAAUGACCCACUAGGAACACUGCCUUCUAGUCCGGAGGGUCACUAACAUGUCUAUGAUCAAAUAUUACACUCAUUUUUCAUGACGAACAAAUGCAGCUGGGACAACAGAGAAUAUGCAGACUACUGUUGGUGUCUUGGAAAAAUCUCUAAAUGUACAAGAAAACUACACCCUAAGUGAACAUUUUGCCAGGGUGCAAACUUUAUGCAGGAGACUAACUGACAGUCUAUGUAUUUAUGUACAGCAUCUACACAUGUAUAUAUGUGUGCAUAAUCUAUAGGCAUACAUACAUCUGUGUACAUAGAAAAAGACAUGUAAAUUUGUUGAGCUAAAGUUUCGCUUGAUAGUGGGUCUCUGGGACAGCAGCAGAAAAAGCAACCUUGUGUUAGACCAAUGCCUGUUCAUCUAUUCUGUGGUCGUCUAAAUGUUUAAUCUUGAAUAAAACUACUGUUUGUUUACUGCAAA